CCUCGCUACGGCACAAAGCCAGCAUGGUGCUUCUGCUGCUGCUGGGAGAGAAGCACGCCGAGCAGCCACACUGCAACUUUUAUUAUUAUUAUUAGUAGCAGCAGCAGCAGCAGCAGCAGCAGCUGGUGGUCCGUCUCCCUGGCCCCGCCUCACACACCCUCCUGCUGUGCGGCCACUGCCGGGCUCUGUUCCCAGGUGCACAGCGCUGUGCCACCCCGGGAGCCUGAGCUGUUCCCCAGAAAAGGCCUCUCCGGGUGUCGCGGGAUAUGUAUGCACUGCACAGGACAUUACACCCGAACACGCCGGCGCCAUGACUGAAGAGCUGUUUUGUAAAGUUGUCUCCAUUAUCAUCAAAUGCCGGGACUGUGAGGACAGACGCUCCAGUGUCAGGCUGACAGUUGAAACGCAUCCAUCAUCAAACCCAGUACAUAAAAAGGACCUAAUUGUUCGACUAUCAGAUGACACAGAUCCUUUUUUUCUGUACAAUCUCACGCUAGGGGAAGAAGAUUUUCAAAGCUUAAAAAACCAGCAAGGAUUACUAGUAGAAUUUUCUGCAUUUCCCCAGAGAUUCAUAGACCUUUUGGAGCAAUGCAUAUCUGAGCAAGACAAGUCUGUACCUAGGUUUUUAUUGCAGCUCCAGACAUCCUCAAAUGGACUGGAUUGUGUGUCUACAAACUUAAAUAUAAUUGAGACAAAUCCAUUCAAGCACCUUAUCCACCUUUCUUUAAAACUUUUAGAAGGCAAUGAUAGUGAUGUGAAAAAAUACCUUGCCAACUGCAUUAAGAACUUAAAGUUAGAAAAUUGUGUCUUAAAAGGAAAAUUACAGAAAUCUGAAGAAGAUUUUUCUCAAAAACUUUGCGUAACACAGCAGGCUUUGGCAGAGAAAUGUAAAGAACUGGAUAAGUUGAGGAAUGAAUGGACAUCACAGACGUCUUUAUUAACGAACAGGCAUACACAAGAAAUUACAGCUGAAAGGGAGAAAGUCUUACAGAUUCAAACACAAUACCACCUUCAGGCAGAACAGCAAAAGAAGGAGCUGGAAUCUUCAAGCAGCAGAACAAUACAGCACAUGGAAUGCAGAGUGUCUGAGCUGGAAGGAGUUAAUAAAGAUCUGAUGGAGAGAAAAUAUAAGUCUGAAUCACACCUGCGAGAACUUAAAGGCAAACUUUCUGCAUUGGAAGAGGAAAAUCAUAGAACAAAACAGGAGGUAACGUCACUUAGGAGGGAGAACACUACUCUGGAUUCUGAGUGCCAUGAGAAAGAGAAACUCCUAAACCAGUAUAAGAUGCGAACGGCUGUUCUAGAACAGGAAGUCAAGGAUAAGGAUCAAGUCUUAUUACGAAGUACAGAUGCUUGUGAAAGGGCUGAACAACACAAGAAAAAUCUUGAGGAGUCACUGGAACAAAAACGGCUACAAACUAGCAAGCUUGAGACCACUGUGAAAUCCCUUUCUGAGGAACUUAUAAAAGCUAAUGAAAUAAUCAAAAAAUUACAAACUGAUAUGAAGAGAUUAGUGGAUAAAAUUAAACUGAAAAAUGCUGUGACCAUGCAGCAAGAGAAAGUUUUGGGAGAGAAGAAUCAGAUGCUACAAAAAGAGCAAUUGGAGCUAACUAAUGUAAAACAUACCCUGAAGUUGAAAGAAGACGAGGUGUUGAAAUUACAAGAACAACUAGACAACACAACUGAGAAAUUAGAAGAAAGCAAGCAGUUGUUGAAAACUAAUGAGAAUGUAAUAUCCUGGCUUAAUAAACAGUUGAAUGAAAACAAAAUUGCAAAUUUGCAAGGGCCUCAAGUGUUGUAUGAGAUGCCUGGUUCUGUUAAAACCAUAAGUCCUAUCUCAAAUCUGGGAACAAUCCAAAAUAGCCAGCCUCCAUUUUCCACUGGCAGUGACUUUGCUUCCAUGGUAUCUCAUCCACCUGGCACUUCUGUAGCUCCUAAAUACUAUCCUAACCGUUUUACCCCUGCUUUGCGAAGGAUUGCGCCAUCUACAGGCUCCUUUACAUCAAGGCUUGGCCCUCAGGUGCGAUUCAAUAUACAUUCUGCUGAUUGUGAUCCCACUUCUGAGCCUAGGCCUGUGCCUACAACAUCCACUCCUAUAUUGCCAUCUACCUCAUGUGACCCAGCUGGAUUAGAUUUGAAGUAUCUUAAAAGAAAUGGAAGUGUUCCUACCAAAGUACUAAAAAAUGGCAAUGCUCCAAACACAGCUCCAGCAAGACCAGCGUUAACAAAAUCUGGGAGUUCUCCAAUACUGUCUGCCUAUUUCCCAGGGCAACAACCCAGACUUCCUGCCUCUUAAAAUGUUUUGAACAAUUGUGUUUGCAACUAAGUAGACAUUGGUUUGCAUUUGAACUGUUAUCAAUCAGAACUGCCAGGGACAAGCUUAUUGUGUAUUAAGCUUAUACACAAAUUUGAUGGUACUGAUACAUGUUUAAAUUUGAAGUGUUUCAUCAAAUCCCCAACACACAAAAAAUACCAAAAAAUUUAGAACUGAUUAAAUAUAUUUAGCUACUUUUGUGAAGAGGAAUAUUUACAGAUGUACAGUACAAUUAUUAUCACCAUGUUAAUCACCAUUAUCAUAUACACAUUCUAUCAUGUCUGUUUGUUCUAGAUGUCAUGCCUAAACGCACAAAAUCCAUUUUCCCUGUUCUUUUGCAGUCCAACAUAAAAUUGUGCUAUGCAACAUAUCUAUUCCACAAGAAUUUUUUUUUGAAAUUUACUGUGUUUAAUAUAUGUAAAAUACAUGAAUUACUCACAUUCUGUUUUUUGUUUAUAUGUGUCUGUGUGUAUAUGUAUGUAUAUAUAUAUAUGUAUGUAUAUAUAUAUAUAUAUAUAUAUAUAUAUAUAUAUAUAUAUAUAUAUACAAAAAAAAUGUCCACACUCGCGUAUCCAUUUCAGCUAGUGCUGGGGUGUCACCACAAAAAAGGAAUUUAAUCCUUCCUAAUGUGAAAAGGAAAAAACAGUUUUCAUCAUGCAGCUUUUAUUUAAUCCAUAGCAAAGGGGUAAUAAACAGCAUCAACUUUUCGGUUCUACACCUGGACCAUUGUCAAAGAUGUAGGACCAAAACGUUGAUGGUGCAUGUUACCCCUUUGCAAUGGAUUUUUUUAAUAUAUACAUAUAUAUAUAUAUAUAUAUAUAUAUAUAU